AUGUCGGAGGGUGAGAGCAAGGACAGCUCUGGCAGUGAGUGCCCCGUGUGCUAUGAGAAGUUCCGUGACCUCGAAGGGGCCAGCCGGACACUGAGCUGUGGCCACGUGUUCUGUCAUGACUGCUUGGUCAAGUACCUCCUCUCCACGCGCGUGGAUGGGCAAGUUCAGCGGACCAUCGUCUGUCCCAUCUGCCGCUACGUCACCUUCCUCAGCAAGAAGAGCUCCCGCUGGCCCUCCAUGCUGGACAAGAGCUCCCAGACCCUGACCGUGCCUGUGGGCCUGCCCGCUGCGCCACCACCAGACACUGGGGGGCAUACAAACCCCCUGGCCAUCUCCCAGCCGGCCUGGAGACAAUCCCCAAGUCAGAGUGCUCAGCUCCCCUUGGACGUGCUCCCCAGCCUGGCCCGGGAGCCCCAGAUCUUCAUCAUCAGCCGCCAUGGGAUGCCCCUGGGGGAGCAGGACAGCGUCCUGCCAAGGCGCAGCCUGGCCGAGCUCUCGGACACAUCCCCAGCACCCAGCUCGACCAGGUCAUUCUGCUGCCGCUCCAGGGCUCUCCUGCUCAUCACCCUCAUUGCUGUGGUGGCUGUGGUAGCUGCCAUCUUGCCCUGGGUGCUACUGGUGAGGAAGCAGGCUUGA